GCUUCUUCUUUCCUCCAAUAAACCUCAAGUCUUAAACCUCUCCAACUCCAAAACCUCCGGCGCAGACUGAGAAUGGCGACGGCGGGCAAGUCCAAGGCCACGGACACCGACCAAAACCAAAAUCAAAAGCAGAAGCAGAGCUCCAAAAUCGACGAAGAGAAGAAGACGAAGAAGAAGAACCAGAAAGCAAUCCAAACCCAACAGAAACUGAAACUGAAACAACCAACACCACCUGAAAUUUCUGACUCCGAGUCCCAGUCCGACUCUGUCUAUGAUGGGGAUUUCUCGGAAGAUGAUGGUGGUUCAGAGUCAGAGGAUUAUGAAUCGUUGAGGGACUCAGAAUCUGGGGAGAGUGAGAGUGAUGCUUCUGGAGAUGAGGGUGAUGUCAACGCGAGCGACAAUGAUGCUUUGGGCAGUGAUCAUAGCCAUGAGGACCAAAGCGAGAGCUCCGACGCUCAUGAAGAAGUCGAGGAGAGUGAUUCAUCUGAAGAUGAGGUAGCUCCCCGGAAUACGGUUGGAAAUGUUCCCUUGGUAUGGUACCAGGAUGAGGACCAUAUUGGUUAUGACAUUGCUGGUAAGAAGAUAAAAAAGAAAGAAAGAGAAGAUAAAUUGCAAUCCUUUCUUGCAAGUGCAGAUGACUCUAAGAAUUGGCGCAAAAUUAAUGAUGAGUAUAAUCAGGAGAUAGUAGAAUUGACAAAGGAAGAGGCCAAACUUGUUCAUAGAAUGCUUGAAGGAAAGGCACCACAUGCUGAAUUUGAUCCAUAUGCGCCUUAUGUUGAUUGGUUCAAAUGGGAUGACGCCAAGCAUCCCCUUUCAAAUGCACCCGAACCCAAGAGACGAUUCAUUCCUUCAAAAUGGGAACAUAAAAAGGUUGUUGCACUUCGUCGAGCUAUUCGUAAGGGGUUUAUUAAAUUUGAAAAGCCUAAAGAGGAACCACGUGCCUACCUCUUGUGGGGAGAUGAAUCCGAUGCGACUGAAAAGUCUAAUCAUUUAGCAUAUAUUCCUGCACCAAAGCCUAAAUUGCCAGGCCAUGAGGAGUCGUACAAUCCCUCUUUGGAAUACAUCCCAACACAAGAAGAAAUUAAUUCUUAUCAGUUAAUGUAUGAGGAAGACCGACCUAAGUUUAUACCUAGAAGAUAUACAUCCUUGAGAAAUGUCCCCGCCUAUGAAAAUGCUGUUAAGGAAUCAUUUGAACGAUGUCUGGAUCUAUACUUGUGUCCCAGAGUACGAAAGAAGCGAAUAAACAUUGAUCCUGAAUCUUUGAAACCAAAGUUACCAAGUCGAAAGGAUCUUAGGCCUUACCCUACAACAUGUUAUCUCGAGUACAGAGGUCACACAGAUGCAGUUAUGUCUGUUUCUGUUGAACCCUCAGGACAGUGGAUUGCUUCAGGUUCAAUGGAUGGAACUGUGCGUGUGUGGGAGAUUGAGACUGGUAGAUGUCUUAGAGUCUGGAACGUUGAUGAAGCUGUCAAAUGUGUAACUUGGAAUCCCGUGCGAGAGCUCCCUAUACUGGCUAUAUCUGUGGGACCAGAUGUACUUAUUUUGAACACUGGCUUAGGGAAUGAAGAAGAACAGGAAAGAGUAAGGGAACUUCUUCAGGUCAAGACACCCGCAUCACCAGAUGACUCUGACAACACUGCAUCCAUUGCAAGCUGGCAUCAGGAUGAUAAGCAUGGGGGAAUCAGAUUGAGACAUUUCAAGACUGCAUCUUCAGUAGAAUGGCAUCGCAAAGGAGACUACCUUUCUGUAGUAAUGCCAGCAGGCGAAUCAAGGGCUGUUGUAAUUCAUCAAAUAUCUAAGAAGCUAACCCAAAGAAUUCCAUUCAAGUUACACGGGCUUCCAGUGACUUCUGUUUUCCAUCCUACUCGUUCCAUUUUCUUCAUUGCAACAAAAAAGAAUGUUCGCGUUUAUGAGUUGGUGAAACAAAAGUUCAUCAAAAAGCUCGAGACUGGACUGCGUGAAAUUUCCUCCAUUUCUGUUCAUCCAGCUGGUGAUAACUUGAUUGUGGGGAGCAGAGAAGGGAAGUUGUGUUGGUUUGACAUGGACCUUUCAUCUCAACCUUACAGAACUUUGAAGUGCCAUCCUAAAGACAUCAACAAUGUAGCUUUCCAUCGUUCAUACCCCCUAUUCGCGUCGUGCUCUGAUGAUUGCACCGCGUAUGUUUUUCAUGGCAUGGUUUACUCAGAUCUCAACCAGAAUCCUCUUAUUGUUCCGCUGGAAAUUCUUCGGGGACAUAAAAGCUCAAAUGGGAGAGGUGUGAUGGACUGUAAGUUCCAUCCAAGGCAGCCCUGGUUAUUCACUGCUGGUGCUGAUUCAUUGAUUAAACUCUAUUGUCAUUGAGAAUACAAAUGGCUACUCCAAGAGCAAUCUGGAAAUGGCAGGUAGGGAUUUCAGGAGCAGCGACCUAAUAUGAUCAAAUCUGCUCUCGUGUUUUCACAGAUGUGUCGCUGUUUAGUUCUGCCAUUGCCAAUAGUUUUUGCCGAAAUGUAACUUAUCUUUGUACGCUAUAUUUCACAUACCCUAUCGUUUUUUAAGGAAUGAAGGGUGUGGAUUCAUUUUGAUCAAAUAUGUUUGUUCAAGAGACUGACAGUGAGAAUCCUUAUCAUUAUUAUUUUCUUUUUUGUUACCAUUACCAAUUAUUAUUGUCAAAUGUAACUUAUCUCUGUACUCUUUAUAUUU